AUGGUAAUUAAAAACUCCAACAAUAUAAAGAGAUCAAACGUAGAUAUCAGUAGGGGUCACAAUUUAUAUUUGCAAAAAGUUGAUGAAGUAGCAUUGGAAGAUGAGGAUGACGUUGCAGAUAGGUUCCAUGCCACUGAUGAAAGACAGUCAUGCAACGAGGACUUAGACCAAAGAAAGAAGCGAGAGGCUGAGGACUUGCACAAUCCUGCUACUGCUUUGAGUGCCAAUCUUGUUGUUACUUCAAAUGGUGUAGACCAGUUACAGGUGUUGACUCUAGUAAAAAAGGAGCAAUUGAAACUAACUAAACUGGAGAACAUCCAUAUGGUUCAGAAGAUGAUGGAAAAGGAGGGCCCGAGGUUUCUACCGCGGGUUUGGAACCUCGUUGGUCGGAACAAUCCCCGCUCGGGCUCUCUACAUGGGAGCCCUCGAGCUUACCAAGAGCGCGCCGGCUCGGCGGCGGUAAACCUUGGGUUCUCAGCCUCCUCCGCCGCCACCAUUUCCAACGCCGUCGCGGGGCUGAGCCCCGCCACCGCGGCGCAGCUGAUCUGGACCCCCGUCGACGUCGUCAGCCAGCGCCAGCGCCUCAUGGAUCAAGGCGCCGCCAUUUCCAGGUACAACGGCGGGGUCGACGCCGUCCGGAAAAUCGUCUCCACCGAGGGCGUGCGAGGGCUCUACAAAGGGUUCGGAUUCUCGAUUCUGACCUACGCGCCGUCGAACGCUGUGUGGUGGGCGUCGUACUCGGCGAUGCAGAGGCUGAUCUGCAGAGGCGGAGGUAGGUCGGCGGAUGUGGCGGUCCAGGCCGUGAGUGCGGUGGCGGCGCUGGCGACGAUGCCGCUGGACACGAACGGAGGGUAA